UUUCCCUUUUACAUUUAAAACGCACGUUAUCACUCUUGUUUACUUUCUGUUCGACAACACUUUGCCAUGAAUUUCUAUUUUCGGGCUUUUCCUUUAUAGUUUUGUUCAUCUUGGAAAUAUAAAGUGUUAAAGUCUUUGCGUAGUUGUAGGGGAGGGUAUCCUCCCCGUUCGCCUUGAUUCGCUGAUUCGCUCGUGGUUUUAGAGUGUGCUUGCCAACCUCAACGUAGACAUGCACAGUAUGUCCAAUAAAAAGAUGAAACACAAGCGGAUUUCUUCAGAAGUGUCAAGCGCCACAGACCAUCAAAUGCGACAGUUACCUAUAUCGAAGGAGCUUGUUUCCCAUUAUCGAUCAAAACUUUCGGCCCUCAACCGAGAUUAUGAAGAGCUUUCAUGCCGAGUUGAGGACUGUCGAUCCUUAUUUGAUGGAGACUGCCGAAUGCAGCAAGAGUUGGUGCAAAGGAAUAAUGAAGUAUCUCGCCUUCAGCAGGCCGUCAGUGAUUUGCAGGUUUAUGUUUUUGAGGAAAGAGAACAAGCUUUACGCCUUUUUGCUGAAAAUGAUAAAUUGAAGUUACGCGAAUUAGAAGAUAGGAAGAAAAUUGAUUUGCUUCUCUCACUAUCUGGAAUUACUGAAGAUGAAAUUUCAUUUUUCCUUACUGAGGCUGCUAAAAAGUCUGCCAUAGUGCCUCAACGUCUCUCUAGGAAAACCCUGAAAAAGAGUGAACUUAAAGAUGAAUCAAAGAGGGAAAAUAAAAAAUCGAGUCCUUUAAUUGUGGAAUCUGAGUGUGACGAUGUAGAUAUACUAAAACUAAAGAUUCAGGCUCUUCAAGCCCAGCUCUCCGAGCAAGUACGUCUGUACAGAGACGAAACAGCAGCUUUACUUCAGGAUCGGGAACUAGCACGUGCAGAACGAGUUGCUGAGCAAGCACGUCAUGAACAAUUAUUUGAGGUGCUGACUGCUCGCCUUCAAAAAUCCCAGUCACAAGUGUGUGACUUAACAGCAGCUCUGUUGCAAUCGAAAAAAGAUUUUCAUGGUAAUGAGGAGAAUUGGACAUUAGAAAGAGAUCGCCUCAUCAAGAACCUAGAUUUAUGCAAGGAGCAACUUGGAGAAGUUUUUACACAUGAUGGAACUGUUAUUCGUGGAGCUGGCAUGCGAUCUGCAAAAAGUUGUGGAGAGCUGUCUGUUUUGAAAGGCCAGCUCUCAGAAAGAGACCGCAUGCUGGCCAUGUACCAAGAGCAGUGCUCUGUUAUGGAACAAGAAGUAGCAAGACUGCGAGAUCAGGCAGAAUCUAGUAAGAAUCAGUUUAAAACACGUGUUCAAAAAAUGGCUGCUCAAGUGACCUACCUCCGCAACAAAUAUAAUGAACUGGAUCGAAGACGAAUGCUUGAAGCUGAAGGGUUCCGUUCAGAUAUAAGAUUAAUGCGAUCAAGACUAAGGGAUCUUGAAAGAGGCUUUUCACGACUUAAUGCUAAGCCUAGUAGAACGGGAAGUAGUUCCAAAAGUAUUGCUACUGAGUCCCUGAGUGUAAACACUGGAUUGGUAUCCAAUGCUCAGGAAACUGUUGAGAGGGCAAGACAACUUGAGCAAGAGUUGAAGCUCAUCCAUAGCCGAGUUUUAAGUCUUGAAUCUGAAUUAAAGUUUAAUGGUGACAAUGAGUAAGUUUAUUGCAAAUCCAAUUUACAAAUGCUCAAAUUAUUGGUGUGUUGCUGUAAAAAGCCGAUAAUGUAAGAUUUAUUUCAGUCCAAGGGUUUGAAGAAAAACAAAGGUGCACUAGUGCCUUUUCAAUUCGAAAGAAUUCUUGUAUAGUAUUAUAUUUUGUGAAGUAUAGUAUUUUUUGUUUUUUUAGCCAUCAAAUAUAUGUAUCUAUAAAAAGGAAAAUGUGGCAAGGUAAUUUAUGUGCAACAUUUAAAGCUUCUCCUUCUGUGAUAUGGAAACGUAUGGAAAGAUUAUUAGAGCAUCGUGCCACAUUCUUCUAUUUAUUUUGAACUUUAUGUAUAAAUUAGAGUACAAUUCAAAGCUGAUGGCUAUACAUAGAAACUAUUGAUCUGAAUUCUGCAUGUGAUAUAACAACCUGUAGAUGAAAUUAGAAAAUCAGUCAUGAUGUUUCAUUUCCAUGUUUUAAAAAUAAUUCCAUUCUGCAUCAUGUGUGUUGGUUCUAAUGAUAAAGAACUGUCGUGUAGUUACCAUUGUGUGUUUUACAGAAUAAAACGUUUUCAUCCAUA